AUGACACAAAUGCGACAUGCGGAGACAUGCGAGAGGGAAUGCAUUUCUAUCCAUGUUGGUCAAGCCGGAGUCCAGAUGGGCAAUGCCUGCUGGGAGUUGUACUGUUUGGAGCAUGGCAUCAAGGCUAAUGGUGAGAUGCCUUCUGACACGACCGCUGGUGAAGAGGAUGAUUCUUACAAUACCUUCUUCAUGGAAUCAGACGAAGGGAAACUCGUUCCAAGGGCUGUCCUUGCUGAUCUUGAACCAACUGUCGUUGAUGAGGUCCGGACAGGCACCUAUGGUGAACUGUUUCAUCCAGAGAACCUGAUAUCCGGCAAAGAAGAUGCCGCUAACAACUAUGCGCGUGGAUAUAACACGACAGGAAAAGAAAUAAUCGACCCUGUCCUGGACCGCAUCCGGAAUCUCGCGGAACACUGCAAUGGUCUUCAGGGCUUCCUCAUCUUCCACAGCUUCGGUGGUGGCACUGGUUCUGGCUUCACGGCUCUGCUGAUGGAGCGGCUUAGUAACACUUAUAGUAAGAAGUCCAAGCUGCAGUUCUCUGUGUACCCGGCUCCAAAUAUAUCCAGUGCAAUGGUGGAACCUUACAACUCCAUCCUCACCACUCAUACCACCCUGGAGCAUUCGGACUGCGCCUUCAUGGUCGACAACGAGGCCAUCUAUGACAUCUGUCGUCGAAACCUCGACAUCGAUCGUCCCUCCUACACCAACUUGAACCGUCUGAUAGGUCAGGUAAUCAGCUCUAUCACAGCUUCAUUACGCUUUGAAGGUGCCCUGAACGUGGAUCUGACAGAGUUCCAGACCAACUUGGUGCCCUACCCACGUAUCCACUUCCCUCUGGCUACAUACGCCCCUGUGGUGUCUGCAGAGAAGGUUCACCACGAACAGCUAACAAUUGGGGAAAUCACCAACGCCGCAUUUGAGCCUGCCAACCAGAUGGUGAAGUGUGAUCCCACUAAGGGCUUGUAUAUGAGUUGCUGUGUCCUGUACCGUGGUGAUGUCGUCCCAAAGGACGUCAAUGAUGCAAUCUCUUUCAUAAAGACCAGGAGAACUAUUCAGUUUGUGGACUGGUGUCCCACUGGUUUCAAGGUCGGUAUUAACUAUCGACCACCAACUGCUGUUCCCGGUGGCGAUCUGGCUAAGGUUGAGAAAGCUGCGUGCAUGUUGAGCAAUACCACUGCCAUCUCCGAGGCCUGGUCUCGUCUUGAUCACAAGUUUGACCUCAUGUUUGCUAAGCGUGCUUUCAUCCACUGGUAUGUGGGAGAAGGUCUCGAGGAGUCUGAAUUGUCUGAUGCCCGCACUGAUUUAGCUGCCCUGGAGAAGGACUACGAAGAAAUCGCAAAUGAUUCCCAACAGCAACCACAGGAAGAAGAGGAUGAUGAGUACUAGAAUGCCUUUCACGUACAGUUUCCAUAACGACAUGUAUCAUGCCUUACAAGCUAUUUAGUUAAAGAACGCAUUUAAGAUGUAAAGCUAGACGAGCUUAUAUUAAUCUAUUCACUUAAAUGUAUAGAAGGUACAAACUAUACAUCUGCAAACAAAAAAGCACCAGUGUAGACAUUUAGAAAAUCUACUCCUG